UAAAGAAUGAGACAGGCAGCAGGCGCGCCGCGGUCACCCCUCCCGGGCGCCCGAGUACCGUCAGUGCGUCUUUCUGCACGUCAGUAAUGUCACCGAUCUUCCCGCUGCUCGUUUUACUCUCGUUUUCGCAAAAUGCGGCUUUUUCCAAGAGAAGAGGCCCAAAGGUUACUGUUAAGGUCUUCUUCGACAUCACAGUGGGCGGACACGAGGUCGGCAGGAUUGUAAUAGGCCUCUUUGGAGAUGUUGCCCCCAAGACUGUCAAUAACUUCGUGGCUCUGGCCACAGGCGAGAAUGGGUACGGAUACAAGGGGAGCAGGUUCCAUCGCGUAAUCAAGGACUUCAUGAUCCAAGGCGGGGAUUUUACAGCAGGAGAUGGAACCGGAGGUAAAAGUAUCUACGGUAAGACGUUCCCUGAUGAGAACUUCAAGCUGAAGCAUGUGGGAGCGGGCUGGGUCAGCAUGGCCAACUCGGGGCCUGACACCAACGGCUCGCAGUUCUUCAUAACCUCCGUCCGGGCACCGUGGCUGGACGGCAAGCACGUGGUCUUUGGGAAGGUCUUAGAAGGCAUGUCUGUAGUUCAUACCAUUGAGCUCCAGGACACCAACGACAGAAACCUGCCAUACACAGAAUGUGUGAUUGUGAACAGCGGCAAAAUCGAAGUCAAGGAGCCCUUCGUGGUGGAAGUGGAGGGUUGGGAGACUUGAGUAGCUGAUCGGCGUCCCACUCAGAUGCUUCCAUGAAAUCUGCUGUUCAUACCUCGAGCUUAUGGCAGUGCCAACACCCUCUCAAGCAAUAAUCAAGUUAAUGGAAAGUAUGUGAAAUAAAUGAUCUAAUGAAAAGCGUAAAUAUGUGUUUUAACAUUAUGUACCUUUAGGAUUCCAUGAAAUUAAUGUACUUCAUGAAACACCUUUUUCACCUGCAUUUGUUACUCUUUAUCCAUGGCCUGUUCAGUAAAUGAAGACUCCGUUGAAGGGGUACUUCCUUCAUGGCAGCAGAUAUCACUUAAUUAAACACGGGUAGAUACAUUGGUAUACAUAUCACCCAAAAAUUUCUCAAGGAGAGAAAGGUUUUCAUGGGCAUCCACAGUUACAGCUUUCACUGUUGCCUGCAUUUAAAUCCUUUGCUUUAAUGUGAUACAUGAACUCACUUUAGGACGAACGUUUUUUAAAAAAACCUAAUGAUAAGUGAAAAAUUUAUAGAUAGAUCAUCUCAGAUGCAAUGGUCCCAAUCCAUGGAAGAAAUUAACUUUCCUUUAGAGUGUUGUACAGUAGACAGGAUAAAGACAAAAACCUGGUAUUUACAGACAACUCAGUGAUGUGUCCAUUGAUAGAUUUGAUAAAAUGUUUUGCAUUUGUAGGACAAUACAAUAUCCUUACUUACCUAUGCAAAUGUGUACUUACUGUAUGUCUGUAUAUCGUGACUAACGUCGAAAUGUUUCGGGAAAUUCAUGCGACUUUUACCAUGUUAUCUCACAAAUUUAGCGUUUUACUUUUGUGCCGUUACAUGCAGCGUUUCAGUUGUUCGCAAUCGAUAGCUCCCACAAGGCCUUGCAGCCUAUAUUCAGCUUAUGCACCCUCUUAUAAUGGGCACCCUGAAGCCGUGUGCUUCUGUGUGUGUUUGGGUGACUGCUGGCUAGAAACCACCAUGGUUUUAGUUCUGCUUAAGUUCGCAUUAUGAUGGCGAUGGAGGCAGAUCUCGGACAACUUCCGCCAGCUGCCCCUAAUGACAGUAAUUUGUCAGGCCAUUACUGUGCCCUUCCCUGACCUGACUGGUGCUUUCCCAACAUACAGUUUAUCUCACAGAGACAGUACCGUAACUUUAAAACCAAGAUUAACAGCUGGCCGGGUAUAAAACUAAAGCCUCAACAUUUUCAGACUGCAAAAACAGCAAGCGGUUGUCAGAUUUGGUCUGCUUGAAUGGCCCAUAUUCUUAUUAUUGUCUGUUAUUGUCAACACAAGAGUCAAGGACUGGUGAGAAGUUCCAGAUGUCACUCAUUUCCAGACUGAAAACGUUCAAUAAAUGUUUUUGUAAAUAAAAUUCAGAGAAAAAUGCUA